AUGAUUCAAAUGAUUACAAAACAUGCAGAAUUUUGUACAGCUCUCCAAUUCCGCGAUGCCUUAAUUGAAAUUCCUUCACCCCACCACACAUUAACAAUUCACUGGCGUGGAUGGCGUGUUGAUAUAUAUUCAUUACAAUCCCCCUUUGAAGUUCGUGCAUUGGCUGGAAGUGAAAUGUUGAGAAUUAAUUGUUAUCAAGAAGCCUUGACAGUUGAUGUUUUUGCUGAUAGUAUUACCGUAGAUGUUAAAAGAUUGUCUAGGCUUUUAGUCAACCGUUCGUCAUCCUUUCCCCCAUCAUUAUUAAGAGUUAACGGUGCCCAGAUUUCUUCUCCUCAAAAUGAUAACAAUGAAAGUAAUAAUAUAAUAGACUUGGCAGAAUUACUUUCUAGACAAUUACAUUUGGCAUUAAGUAGAGAUGGAAAUCAAAAUAAUUCAUCUGCAGCAGUUUUGGCUGAUGCAAGAAAUUCUCAAUUAAAAUUGGCGAGGGCUAAUCGAACUACUGCAACAUUAACUGCUCUAAGACAUUUUGUUGAAAUGCUCGGAGGCCAGCCUCAAUUACAAUUAUUAGCCGGCAAUGUUUCUGUACGGAUGAGUGCAGGACAUGACGAGGAAAUUUUCUUCCUCGAUACAAAAAUUUUGCCUAGAGAAUUGUUAGAGCCUGAAGCAACGUUGGAACAGGAUCCGUUUGGGAUUGGACCAAUUGUUCCAACAGUUUGGCCAAUAGGCCCAGAUUGGCAAAACACUGUCUCUACUCCUUCCAUAUCCUCACCAACACAGCAACGUACACGUACAUCACGUAGGCCCAUCACUAGCUCAUCUAGAAUGUAA